AUGAGCUCCUCGAGCGUCGUGCGUCCUCGCUUCGUGCACCCAGGGGCGGGCUCGACGCUGCAGUUCCCUCUGGACAACUCGUCUGUGUCGACAGCUUCUUCAUUGUCUCCUGACGGGCGUCUACAGGACGCGUACUUUGUGGCCCCAGCGUCGCACAUUGGGCGCAUAGUCACGGGCGUCGUGUUGUUGGCCGAAAAGAGUCGCGUGAGUCGCGCUGUCGCCCCGGACGAAGGAGCUGCCGACUGCUUUGGACUUACCGUCGUUUCCUUUGCAGACAAGCUGGCAGAACAGGGCUACAAAGUGCUCGUGCUGGAUCUAUUUGCCCCAGAAUGGAAGACAAUACCGACAGCCAGUGCGACGCUCGAGCACGUGGCAAUUGUCCACCAAGCGGCGGUGUAUCUCAAGAAGAAGCACGACAUUCAACGCGUGGGUAUUUGUGGCGUUGGAGCAGGUGCUGAUGUGGCCAUUCAAAUGGCCAUGGAACGGUCGGUGCCGGUCGAUUGCGUCGUUGCCAUGUGUCCCAAAGGUCUCGUGCCUUGGACAUGUCCGGAGAGUGGUGGAGACUGUGCAGAUACAUCGGAGGUCGCUGUUAUUCCAAUGUUGCUGCAAGUGGGUGGAAAGUCACCUUAUGCUGCAUCUGAAGCGUACCAGACACUAUUGAGCUCACGUGCAGCUAGUCCACAGGCAGCGACAGCGCUCAAGACGUCGCUGUUUGUCAACCAGCGAAGCGGCUUCGCGUUCUCCAGCAUCAAGGACGAAGACGCGGCUACUCAGGCUAUUGCAGAAGUGCUCGACUGGUUUGUGCAGCACCUGCAUCGCUUUAAGGUGGCUGCAGCGACUAGCGAUACCGAUCCGUGGUGGCCUCAAGGCCGCAACGGGCCCUUUUGCAACGUGGGCCUGCGCACAUGGCAAGAGUCGCGCGCAAUCUGGCUCACGCCAACACAGACACGUCCACCACGUCCACCACCGGUUCCUGCUCAUUUGCUAUUCGACGGAUUAUCGUCUGUGCGCAGGACUUUCGAACUGCCGCAGCGUAUGCGUCUUGGUGAUGUAAUCGAACUUUUUGCCGAAAUUUGGGACGUGCAACAAUAG